CAAUUGAACGUUCUAUUACGUUUUUAUGUACUGAACGCAGCCCGAGUUUCACAUGUCAUCAGCUGUCAAGACACUGAAGCUACGUACACGCGUGUGUAGCUAACACUACGAAAAUAAACUUCAGAUAAUUGAAGAGAUGGCGCUGAUUGGAGUGCAGCUGGUGGUCAGCUUGCUGGCUGCUAGCAUCAUGCAGAGAAUGGCUCCACACUGUUCCUUUGCCCGCUGGCUCCUGUGCAAUGGCAGCCUGUUCCGGUUCAAACACCCCUCUGAGGGAGAGCUGUGUGCCCUAGCUGGAAAACAGAUGCCCAGCAAGCCCAGCAAGAGAGACAGGAGACAGAAUGGGGACAACAAGCCUCUCACAGUUCCCAAGGACAUCGACCUUCACUUAGAAAAAGCUCCGGUCGGCGUCCUUGAUGCCCUUGUACUGCGAUUCUUCCUGGAGUACCAGUGGUUGAUUGACUUUGCAGUGUAUGCCAUGGGCAUCUACCUUUUCACUGAGGGCUACUUCUGUGUAGUGGACCCCGCCAAGGAGGUCCACGUUGGGGCCAUCUGGUGUGUGCUGACCGUUCUCUGUUGCCUGAAAACCCUCCACUCCCUGAUGGGCCACUAUUUCAGGUCUGACGAGGGUGGCGAGCGCUCGGUGUGCCUGGCUUUUGGCUUCAUGUCUCUGCUGGUGGCCAUGCUGGUGCUGGUGGUCAGAGAGGACUACCUGGAGUUUGGCCUGGAGCCUGGUUUUAACAGUCUUUUUGACAACCUUGAGGUUUUUGCAAAACAGCAAGGCUUUGCUGAGUGGUCAGUCCCGGUGACCAAACUGACUGUGAAGUUUGGUCUGGCUGCCAUCUGUGCUUUUAUUGGUGCUUUGCUGGCCUUCCCUGGCCUCCGUCUAGCCCAGACCCACCUGGACGCAGUCCAGAUGAACUCAGACCGCCCAUUCAUCCAAUUGCUGUUGCACAUGAGCUUCCUGGCCCCAGUGGUCGUGAUCGUGUUGUGGAUCAAACCCAUCGCUAGGGACUUCCUGGGGAAUGCUCCCAUGGGGAAGACCUCAGUCACCCUUAUGUCAAGCGCGGUGUUUGACAGUGUUCGUCUGUGGACAGUGGUGGUGCUGUGCUGCCUGAGGCUGGCCCUCACCCGCUACCACUUGCAAGCCUACCUCAACCUGUCUCAGAAGUGGGUGGACCAGAUGAAGAAGGAGGCAGGGCGCAUCGCUGCCAUCGACAUCCAGAGGAAGGUAACCCGUGUGUUCUGCUACCUGACCAUAGUCACCCUGCAGUACGUAGUCCCUGUUCUGCUCCUCCUCUUCUCCACCCUGGCUCUGAAGGCCCUGGGUGACUUCUCGUGGAGUGGCGCAGAGCAGGCUCCGGGGGUGACCCCUGCCCUGGUAAUGCCCACGGCCUCUCCCGUCCUGCCAGGGCUGGAGGAGGACGAGGAGGGGAUGGAGGACAUCGAGGAGGACAUCCAGGCCACGGUGGCCCGUCUGACCGAGGGCUUCUCGGCCCUGCGCUCCGUCCUCACCCCCCUCUUCUUCAGAGGCCUGUUUGCCUUCCUCACCUGGUGGGUGGCCGCCUGCCAAGUCAUCAGCAGCCUGUUUGGCAUUUACUUCCACCAGUACCUCAUGCAGAACUGAAGAGGACUACACUACCCACAAUCCCUACCUAACACCAGCCCAGUGUGACUCUAUGCAGUGUGUUCCAGGCAAGUCAAACUCAACACAACAUAUGGACAGGAUGGGUGCUCCUGUGUCUGUUACUCUAACAAAGGUGUCACAGAUAUCAAAAGGAAUGUGAUGGUUUCUGACAUGCUGACACCUUAAUACUACUACCUUGUUGUCCUGUGGGCCCAGUCAGACCCUGUUUAAUGGGGACUGGAUUUUGUUCAACUGCUAUGUGUCACAUUUCUCUGUUUUAACAAGUGCAUUUGAAGCCAGUGUUACCCUUAAAAAAAAUGUUUUUCAUCACAUAUCAUUAAAUGCUGCAAAUGAGCUGUUUCUAGUGGGGAAAAGGUACCACUACUUCCAGCCUAGUUUGCUAUUAGAGGCUGAUUUCA